UUUUUUGGUAUAUAGUCCUCUGAGUCAUGGAGAUGCAAAGCAUUAUAUAUAAGUGGGUUGCAAGUUCUUGGAUUGGGGCUAUUGUGGUGCUCGUGGCAUGGAGCUUGUUGAAGUGGGUGUGGGUGAAGCCAAGGAGGCUUGAAAGGUAUCUAAGGCUCCAAGGGAUAAAGGGAACCUCCUAUAAGUUUUUGUUUGGGGAUACCAAAGAGAUGAAACAUAUGCUCAAAGAAGCCAACCAAAAGCCGAUCGAUAUCCAAGACGAUGUCGUUGGAAGACUCAUACCCUUUGUUUAUAUGGCAGCCAAAACUUAUGGUAAUCUUUUCAUUGCGUGGUACGGGCCACAACCAAUGGUGCAUGUUCUUGAUCCUGGUCUUGCCAAAGAUAUAUUGUCUAGGGUCAAUGAUUUCCAAAAGCUUAGGAGAAAUAACCCAUAUAUCAAGAUAUUAUCUCAAGGGUUACUCCAUUAUGAUGGUGAUAAGUGGUUCAAGCAUAGAAAAAUCAUCAACCCUGCCUUCCAUGCUCAGAAGCUGAAGUACAUGAGUCCAGCUAUUCAAUUGAGUUGCACUGAAAUGAUGGGAAAAUGGCAAAAGCUAUUAGCGUGUGAACAUUCAUGCGAACUUGAUGUUUAUCCAUAUCUUCAAACACUUUCUCGCGACAUAAUCUCACGCACUGCGUUUGGUAGUAGUUAUGAAGAAGGGAGAAGAAUAUUUGAGCUACAAAAAGAACUCAUUGCUUUACUAUUGCAAAUCAUACAAUCCGUAUACAUCCCUGGAUCCAGGUUUUUGCCAACAAAAAAGAACAAAAGGAUAAAUGAGAUUGACCAUCAUGUGAAGGCUUCCAUAAGAGCUCUUAUACAUAAAAGGCUAAUGGCAAUGGAAAGUGGUCAAUCCAACCAUGAUGACUUAUUGAGCAUAUUGUUAGAGUCCAACCAAAAAGAAAUUCAACAAAUGAGUAUUGAAGAUAUCAUAGAAGAAUGCAAACUUUUCUACUUUGCAGGUCAAGAUACCACCUCUAAUUUGCUUGUAUGGUCCAUGAUUUUACUAAGCCAACAUCAAUCUUGGCAAGCACAAGCAAGAGAUGAAGUUCUUCAAGUCUUUGGAAGUAAUAAACCAGAUCUCGAUGGGUUGAGUCGUCUAAAAAUAGUUACUAUGAUCUUACAUGAAGUUCUAAGACUGUAUCCUGCAAUUCCUGCAUUAUACCGGUUAACUAUGGAGGAAACUAAGUUAGGAGACAUGCAUUUACCGGCUGGGACUGCAAUCACAGUCCCCAUGGUACUAUUACACCGUGACCAUGAGAUAUGGGGUGACAACGCAGAUGAGUUCAAGCCAGAGAGGUUCUGUGAGGGUGUUUCCAAGGCGACAAAGGGACAAAUGUCAUAUUUACCGUUUGGUUGGGGACCUCGUAUAUGCAUUGGACAACAAUUUGCAAUGAUGGAAGCGAAAAUAGCGUUGGCUAUAACUUUGCAACAUUUCUCUUUUGAACUUUCACCAUCCUAUGCACAUGCUCCUCAAUCGGUCAUCACGAUUCAACCCCAAUUUGGAGCUCACUUAAUCAUCAGAAAGGUUUCUCGUUAAUAAUUUACUAUUCAAAAAAAGGGACAGAUUGAGAACUUAAAAAAAUUCAAUUGUGGUCAUUAUAUGCCAAAGGUUAUGAGAUCCGUCUGUUAUGAGCCUUUGUUUCAUAUAGCGUAUGUUAAUGAAGGCUGAUAAAGUUCUGUUCACGGGAGUCGAUGGAUAAAAUCUUGUGAUUCUCGAAAAGUUCUUUUACAAACUUUACAGAUUUAUAGUAAUAUCGAACAAAUCAUUAAAAUCCAAUGUAAAAAAUUAUUGAAUGUUGUUUAUCAUGGUCUAGCGCCAACAAAACAUGCCUUCUUAUAUUAUAAGAGGUCUUAGAUUCGAGUUA